CUCCAGCAGCAUCCCCACACGAUACAGGGCUCACAGGCGAAAGUGGCACUGUAAAUAUAUGUGUGUGCGUGUGUGUGUGUGUGUGUGUGUGUGAUCAUCAGACACAAUGACUAUUAGAAACACUCUCCGGGAUCAUGGACAGAGGUAUCGACCACGGAUGGCUUGUCUCAAGAAGGCGGAGAAGGUGCUGCUGGAGAUGCAGGACCCCAAAACAGGAGUGAAGUCACAGCCUCAGAGACUGGUUAUCACAACGAUACCACACGCCAUUACUGGUGAAGACAUCAUUGCGUGGUUAGCGGACAAAUUCCACAUAGACGCACAAGAGGCGAGGAGUUUUGGCUCUAUGCUGGUGGCGUUAGGAUACAUCUACCCUCUACAAGACCACAAACGCUUAGUGAUCAAACCAGAUGCAUCUCUCUACCGCUUCCAGACACCGUACUUCUGGCCCACACAGCAGUGGCCUGUUGAAGAUACAGAUUAUGCAAUCUACCUGGCGAAAAGAAACAUCCGUAAGAAAGGGAUCCUGGAGCUGCAUGAGCAGGAGCACUAUAACCGUCUCCACAAGUGGAUGAAUCAUAAAUGGGAUUUCAUAGUGAUGCAAGCUAAAGAACAGUACAGGGCUGCCAAGGAGAGGAAGAAGCCGGACCGUGUGGUGUUUGACUGCCAGGAGAGAGCCUACUGGGUGGUUCACAGACCUCCGCCCGGCACAGUGAGCGCCAUGGACUAUGGGCUGGAUCGACUCGUAGAUCCUCAUGCAGACGAGGCCACAACACCCGACUACUACGAGAGAAUUAUGAUCUUUACCCAGCAGUCCAUCAUGAGGCCCAGAGUGAAGUCAUCGGUGUCCAUUGGCGCGUUGGUGAAGUACUGUGCCACCUAUCACAACCACGACCCUUUCCUCUCCAAGUGUCUCCCCAGCAACCCCUGGCUCACUGACGACGUCACGUACUGGACCUUGAACAUGCCCUAUGUGGAAAUACCAACUAAAAUGCGUGUGGAGAGAUGGACGUUCAGCUUCGCAGAGCUGCUGUCAGACCCUCGAGGACGAGAUGAUUUCAGGCUCUUUCUGAAGAAAGAAUUCAGCGGUGAGAACUUGGCGUUCUGGGAGGGAUGUGAAGAUCUGAAGUGGGGCGAAGCUGCCACGAUGAGAGAGAAAGCUGAGAAUAUCUACAAGACAUUCCUGGCUCGUGGCGCACCGCGUUGGAUCAACAUUGACGGAAAGACGAUGGAAAUCACAGUGAAAGGCUUGAAACACCCACACAGAUACGUCCUGGACGCAGCCCAGACUCACAUCUACAUGCUCAUGAAGAAGGACUCGUACGGCCGGUACCAGAAAUCUCCAGUGUUCAAGGAUACGGUGAAGAAGGCCAUCUGUCCUGACGAGCACCGCUUCACUGACGCCCAGCUGGAGCAGAAUGCGAGGAAGAGGCGGCCCAGCGUCAGCCCCAUCAUCCUGCGGCAGAUGGAGCGGGAGCAGAGGGCCAAGAUGGCCGCCAAUGUUGACAUAACACAGCUGUGCCGUUUCACCACUCCCGUCCCCCACCUCGCCGUCUACUCUGGCAUCAGUGACUUCCCCACUGCCAACACCUCGCCCUCUCUCCCCUUCCUGGCACACACCCCUUGUCCCUCCCCAAUCAGUGUGGCCUUGGACAGCACCUCGGCCUCUGAGCGGCGAGCGGAGGCCGCUGACGGAGACGCCAAGGGGAACCUGGCGGCUCGAACUCCGGCAGCUGGAAAUGUGUCCAAAUCUCGCAUGGCUCUGUCGCUGCGUCGCCUGCUGAAGCGCGGCUGCACCCCCACCACCAUGUUCGCCAGCCUGUCGCCCAAAUGCCACUCAGCUGCCGGGACGAGUAGCCGCAUUCAGCCGAUCAGCCCGGAUCAACCCAGUCAGGCGCCACCGAGACGGAUUGGCAAUUUUUUCCAGAUUAAAGUGGAUAUUCCCCCAGAGUGCCGGAUUUACCCCAUAGAGUCUGAGGACGAGGAGGAAGAGAACAGAGCUGCCUCUCGGGGAGGAGUGGGAACCAAAGAGAUCAUCUGCCCCUGGGAGAGCCUCACUCCACACAACGGGACGGGCUAAUCGGCCGCAUUUACACAGGUAUUAAAAAACAAGAAGAGAAGUUUUAAAAAAAAUCUGUGUUGCAAGUGUCUCUGAGCAGGCAGAUUGUUGCGAUGUUCUCACAGAGAUAAGAGAUCUCAUAUGGAGCAUGAAGGGGUAAAAUUCCUCCGUAAAUGUGGCCACUUUCUCACCUCCAGGCCACAACAUUAAUACCAAACAACAUGACACAAAACGGUCAAUCUGGGACACCCUGGAGAUGACGGUUUAGACUGAGCAUCAACUUACUGUGCCCAAGUUUUAAUUCCUUUAAGGAAACUUACUGUAUGUUUGGAGCAUCAAACUAGAACUGCCUGCAGGCCUGAAAGGACCCAGUUUUAUGUCUGCAGCAGUAUAAUCCUCUUCUCCACCGCCCAUGCUCAGUAUGUUUCAAAACAAAUCAGUUUCUCCAAAAUAUUCUUCAACACAGAGUCAUUCCUCAGUGAUACUCAACUUACGGCUCGGUGCCACGUGACUCAUUUUCUUAUUCACAUAGAAAGCAUUUUUUUUUCACAAUGGGAUUUUUUCCCUGCACUUUGAAUGUAAAUAAUGUGCCUAACAAGUGAGCAUAAAAAGCAUAAAAAUAGAGCUUGUUAAUUAAAAGAAACCGUGCCAGACGAGAAGGAGCCUUGAAUGUCCUCGAAUCCUAGAAACACCCAGCACCUGCCACGGGAUUUGCUUUUGGCGACGAUGAUUAAGGACAGCAAACAUAUAAAAGCAGGCAAUUUAAUUGAAAAUGAUCAGAUGAAUUUGCCUUUAUUUUGCAACCUCAUAACAGUCCUAAACCGCCAUGUUUAAUUAACCAAAGCAUUUACAACUAAAAUGCAUUUGCAGCUAUUAAAUGCAGUAAAAUUUGAUUUAUCUGCAAUGUAGGCCUUGUGCUAAUUUAGUUAAGAAGUUAUGUUUAUUUAAAAUGAAGAAUUUCAAUGAAAGAUGAGUUAUUGAGCCACAAAGCAAGAUGAGUAUCCCUGCUGUAGUGAUGUUGGACCAGCCACCAAAAAAGGCCCUCAUAUAGGUUUUUUGUACUAAAUUGUUUAAUGAUUAAACUGGUCUAAAUUAUAUUUUCUUCAAAUUGUAUUUGUUUACAGCCGUUUGGUGGUUUCAAAGCCUUCUUCAAACAGCGAGACAUAGAUAACUUUGGUAGAGAAAAACUGAGUAUGUAUGUAAUUUUCAACAAAUUAUCACCCACAGGAGUGUUAGCAGGACAGCCCCACGUCCUCAAAUGCAUUUUUUACCACUUGGUUUACGCUGUAAUACUUUCAUCACUUGGUUAAGUCGUUGGCGACAAAACUACUUGGUUAAGUUUAGAAAAAAUAUUACAUAGUUAAGCUAAGGAAAAACCUAGUUUGGCACUAAAAAACUGCUGCCAGACAUGAGGUAUUUAAGCUAGUUACAGUAGUUACGUAGAUGAUAUAAAAAUGUGACGUAGAACUUGACGUAGCUAUGCAUGGAAGUUUAACUGCAUGUGUAAAUUUACUUAAACGUUGAGUUUAGGGGACAUGAACAACCAUCUUUUGUCUGUUUGACCCAACUAUCACCUGUCCCGCCCACUCUAAGUGGACUUUGUUGUUCUUUAUACCCCAAAUUUGUAGUUCUGUUUUGUUUUAGUCUCCAUAACCUCACUUGCGUCUCUGCUUCUGUAAUAAUUAAUAUGACCACGAGAGGGCGCCACCUAACAACAAACAUAUAAGCUUCUGUACAAUUGGGGACAUAUGGGGUUGUUUUUGGAGGGAGGGCAGUCUCUAAUUUUGAAUUAAAUAAUUAUAAACUCCUCUUCAGGUUUUGAAAACCCUAAAUUCCCCAGGCAAAAUACUGAGGACUUGAUUGUGGUGUGUCAUGAAGUUGCAUUCAACCAUAUUUUGGCACAAACCUUCAUCUAACAGGCCAGCAGGCAGUUUAGUGUCACUCCAAACAUGCAUUUCCUCUAACUAACGGCCUUACUGACACUAAACCCUUACUGAUGUGAGCACCAGCUGAGCCAGCUGUUUAGGUUGGAUGUUUAGUUAUUUUGAGGCGCAGCUCCACAAGAGGACAACAGGGUGCACGCACAUCCACAAGCUUUUGAAACUUGAGCUGUAGCUUUUUCACAUUGGAACCUCAUUCUGUAUUUAUGAACCAACAGUAGCCUGACAGCAGCCUUAUCCACCUUCACACACCUGAAAGAUUUUGUGUUUGUUUUGGCCUCAGACGUUUCUGCAAAGCAGGCAUGUACACAGACGUUCAAGAUAAACUAAAUGAUUUUUAUGAUUGCAAAUGAGAGUCAAUAAGUUAUUACACAAAUUAAUGUUUACACAAGAGAGAGAUAACAGGCCAGAGCAGAUGGACAUAUUCAGCCUGUGCACAUGCCUGCUAAAAAUAUAUAAUGUGUUUGUAUAUUUACUGAUCAGUUUUCUGAAGUAGAGAAGUGUUCUUGUGCUGCUCAAUAGACUUAGAUGCCUCAUCCGCAGUUGACUUACCUCUGACACAUUAAGUGAAAAGAAUAGAUGCAGUUCAGGUGAAAAGAGAGCACAUGCUUGUCUGCAUGUUGCUUUUUCAGCUGAUCUGCUCCCGACAGACUUCAUGAAUGAAGAGUUUCUGAAAUACAUUGUUAUUGGGAGAGUCGGUGAUAGUUUUGUAUUUAGCUCCACUGCUGUUUUGUAGCUGUCGUAUACUGUGCACUACUCUGAGCGAGGUGUUGAUAUUUUUCUCACACGUCUCUCCGUCGUGAGGGGGGAGGGGGGGAAGUGGUACAAUGUGAAUUAACUGUCAGAAUGUAUUAUCUCUACCAUGUUUACAGAUGCAAGAAUGUGAAAAAUACCUUAAAUUUGUUGUAUUUUAUUUGUACAUUCCAUGGCUUGUGUCAAGUGCCUCAAUAAAUAAAUAAAUU